ACAUAACGGAGUUACUGAAGAAGAAAGGCAAGAUGUCUUUCAAAGGAUUCAGCUCACUGAAGGAAAGAUUUUUUAACCCAGGAAAGGAAGAGGUGAAGAACACCAUUAGUGACUCGCUGGGGAAUCUGAGAAGGAAAAUCGAUGGCACCAACAUAGAGGAGGAUCCCAUUGAGCUGACAGAAGAGGGGCGGCCCGUGCAGGCGAGCACCCGCAGGCUGGCACCGUGCGACUGCCACUGCUGCGGGCUGCCCAAGCGCUACAUCAUCGCCAUCAUGAGCGGCCUGGGAUUCUGCAUCUCCUUUGGAAUCAGGUGCAACCUGGGUGUUGCCAUUGUGGAAAUGGUGAACAAUAACACUGUUUAUGUUAACGGAAAACCAGAGCUGCAGAAAGCCCAAUUCAAUUGGGAUCCAGAGACAGUGGGACUCAUUCAUGGCUCUUUUUUCUGGGGUUACAUUGUGACGCAAAUCCCAGGAGGGUUCAUCUCAAACAAACUGGCUGCUAACAGGGUAUUUGGAGCAGCUAUCUUUCUAACAUCUACACUGAACAUGUUCAUCCCUUCUGCAGCAAGAGUACAUUAUGGCUGUGUGAUGUUUGUAAGGAUUCUGCAAGGCCUGGUGGAGGGUGUCACCUACCCAGCCUGCCAUGGGAUGUGGAGUAAAUGGGCUCCUCCGCUGGAGAGAAGCAGGUUGGCCACCACAUCAUUCUGUGGGUCUUACGCAGGUGCGGUGGUUGCGAUGCCGCUGGCAGGCGUGCUGGUCCAGUAUAUAGGAUGGUCAUCAGUCUUCUAUAUUUAUGGAAUGUUUGGGAUUGUUUGGUACAUGUUCUGGCUGCUUCAUGCAUAUGAGAGCCCUGCUGCACAUCCAACAAUAACCACUGAAGAAAAGAUCUAUAUAGAAACAAGUAUUGGAGAAGGAGCUGGCCUAGCUAGUGCAAGUAAAUUUAGUACCCCCUGGAAGAGAUUUUUCACCUCAAUGCCAGUUUAUGCAAUCAUAGUGGCAAACUUUUGCAGAAGCUGGACCUUUUAUUUGCUCCUUAUAAGUCAGCCUGCUUACUUCGAAGAAGUCUUUGGAUUUGCAAUAAGCAAGGUUGGCCUUUUGUCAGCUGUUCCUCACAUGGUCAUGACCAUCAUCGUACCCAUUGGAGGGCAGCUAGCUGACUUCUUAAGGAGCAGGAAGAUUUUAACCACUACCACUGUAAGGAAGGUCAUGAAUUGUGGAGGCUUUGGGAUGGAAGCAACCUUGCUUUUGGUUGUUGGUUAUUCUCAUACAAAAGGUGUGGCUAUUUCCUUUCUGGUGUUAGCAGUAGGCUUCAGUGGAUUUGCAAUUUCAGGAUUUAAUGUGAAUCACUUGGACAUAGCCCCCCGUUAUGCCAGCAUUCUGAUGGGGAUCUCCAAUGGUGUGGGGACGCUGUCCGGCAUGGUGUGCCCGCUCAUCGUUGGUGCAAUGACAAAACAUAAGACACGGGAAGAAUGGCAAAAUGUCUUUCUGAUUGCUGCCCUGGUACAUUACAGUGGAGUGAUAUUCUAUGCUAUCUUUGCUUCUGGGGAGAAGCAGGAAUGGGCUGACCCAGAAAACCUCAGUGAAGAGAAAUGUGGCAUAAUUGAUCAGGAUGAACUGGCUGAAGAAACAGAGAUGAACAAUGAAACUUUUGUAAGUCCAAAGAAAACGUAUGGUGCUACCAGUCAGAACAGUGAAGUACAGAGAAGGGAAUGGAGAAAGCAAAAGCAAGCAACUCAAGACAUGGAAGAACAGACUUCUUACCAUUAUGAAAAUGGAAAUUUUCAGGAUUUGUCAUAAGACUUGAAAUUGUACGGUUUGUAUAGCAGCUACUCCCAUCUCCUCUCCUGCCUAAUUGCCC